UGCACGCGCUGCUCCUGCCCAAUGACUUCCGGAAAUACAAACAUGCUGCAAAGUUUUUGAUUUUGUUUUUUGUAUUAUUUGAUCUCAGUUAAAAGAAAAACAAUGACCUCAAAGGAUACAGACGCGCUGAUCAUCUUAAUUUAUCGCUAUUUAAAAGACAACGGUUACAAGAAAGUCGCCACCGCGCUGAGAAAGCACGCGCCACAGCACAGUAGACUUGCUGGAAAUGAAACCCAUGGCCUUAUUGUACACCUUACAAGUGGAAACUGAAGAAGUGAAAGUGUCUCUGAGUGAAAUCUUUAAGAGUUGGUCAAGGAAACAGAAGAGGCAUGAGAAGGCAGGCAAUCAUCUGACAGGUGCUCAGAAAAGUGAUGCAUCAGAAAGUUCAGAUGAUCCUUCAGAGCCUCCUGAUGUUCAGACACCUGAGCUGAGUCCUGCAAUAGUAAAUGCACAAAGUCCUAAAAAACCUGUUAAGACGAAUAUCAGGAAGACUUCAGCAUCAAAGAAACAGAUAAAAAAAGAAACUGUGACAAAAUCAAGGAAAAGAAAAAGCUCGGUCUCCAUCACUCCAGAGAACGAUUCUGACUCGGACUCCAGUUUAGAUGUGGACAAAUGGACAAAACUACUUACACAGUUGUCAGAUUCUGAUAUUGCAAAGAUGGAGGUCCUAUCAAACUUUGUUGAAACUCCCGUAUCUACACCUGUGACGUCCGCCGGAAAGGGAAGAAAGACGAAGCAAACAAAACCUAAAAAAGAGACAAACUCAGCCAAAAAUGAAAAGUCAAAGGCAGCAGCAAAGAAAACAAAAUCUAAAACUGACCACAUUCCUGUAAGGACUGAUACAGCUAAAACUGCAAAGAAGUCUACUGACAUUUCUGAAGGUGGUAAGACACCGUCCAAGAAAGCCAGAGGUCAUUGUGAAACCUCAGAUCUUAAUGUGGCUGAGACUCCAAAAACAACAAAAGUUCAGAAGCAUAAACCAUCAGAAAAUCAAACUAAUGGACUCAUGAAAACCAACAAGACGGCCACCCCAUCUAAAGGAACUAAAGCUGUUGGUCUGUCAGAUUCUGAAAACGUUAAAACACCUAAAAAAGUUAAAGUUAAGUCAUUGCAUGAUCUUUCUGAGCAGGUCGAGAACCACGCAAAAGCUGUCGCUGAAAACGACUCAGAAACCAGCAGCUCUCAAACUUUGUCUAAAAAAGCACAGAAGAAAGUUGAAAUUCUGUCUGAAUCCACCAACUUUAAAACGCCAUCAGGGCAGCCGGACAACAGUCUCUCAGCUACUAAAGUUAAGAAAAAGAAAAAUGCCAGCAAGCUUGCAGAAGCUGACUGUGACACCGACCUUAACAUUGAUAAUACCCACCUGAUGUCCGACCAAUCGGAGACGCCGUCAAAGAAAGUGAAAAACAAGAAGUUAGAAAGUGUUGUAGAGCUUGCGCCCAGCGAGACUCCUAAAAAGCAUAAAUCUAGGAAAAGUGAUUGUCCUAUUGAUCUUGACAUGGCAAAAACACCUGAUGUUCUCCAAGAAUCAUCUAACAUUGAACUUCAUGAAAGGCUUUCAGAAGAGGCUGAAACACCAUCCAAAAAAUCCAAGAAGGCCAAGGGUAGGAAAUCACAAGCACAGACUGGAGAUGAUAAUGAUGAUGAUAAUUGUGGUGAUGGUUUGGACAAUGAAGAUACGUCCGAUCAGUAUUUUAAAAAACACUCCAAAAAGAGGAAACACAAAAGGGAAGAAGUUAACGAUGAUUUGGCACAAGAGAAGGCCACACCAGAGCCCAAGAAAGCUAAGAAAGAAAAAUGGAAAAACGAGGACGUUGAAAACAUGAUUGAAGAUGAUCAACAACCAUCAGUAGAAGAACCUGUAGAAAUCAGUCAGAAGAAGAAAAAGAAGAAGAAAGAUAAAGAGCGAGAGAGUGAUAAUACGGUCUCUGAUGAUCAUCCUGUAUCUACUGCCACCGAGGAGGUGAUUGUUCACAAGAAGAAAAAGAUGAGAAAAGAGAAACAUUUCAGUAGAGAUGAAGCUCCUGGACUCGAUGACACGCAGCGGUAACAUAUCAGAGAUGGAGGCGACGGUUCUUCAUCUCACAGCUUUAGUAAUGAUUUAAUCUGAAUGUAUGUUCUCUGCCAACUGUCUAGAUCACAUGUGUAUGUCUCUGUGUUUUAUAUUUUUAUGAAGAAAUCUUAAGUAUCAUUUUGUUUGUUGAUCCAUUUCUCUUCUCUUUGUAUUGUUUUUUUGUAAAUGUUGAAAAGAGUUUUAUGUGUUUGUAUCAUCGAAGUGAUGUUGGUUUUUUAUUUUUUUUAGAUGUAAAAAAAACAACAAAGAAUAAUGUACUUUUUCUUAAGAAAAAGCUCUAAAUUUGACUAAAAAAUUCAUUCUGUGACAUCUGUAUUAAA